AUGAUACUGCUGUACGAGCUGCAAAAGCGGCUGGCCAACUUAAGACCAACCACUACAGUCGUGACCACUCCCACCGGCGCACGCUUUAUUGAGCGGAGGUCCUCCGGCAGCGAGGAUGUCACAUCCUCCUCGCAGCAGAUGGAGCCGCGUCAAUACGGUUUUGUAGUGGAUACGAAGCCCGACGCUGUGCCCGCCUGCAUUCUGAGCGACUUUCUGUACCUGGGUUCCCAGGACGCAGUCUGCGCGGAAAAUGUUGUGAAGUACAGGAUAACUCAUAUUCUAAGCAUCGGCAUACAGACGCCGGAUGUGGAGUGGCCGACUCCAGUGAAAUGUAAGUACUUGCCCUGCUUGGAUUUGCCGGAAACCGACCUGACGCACUACGUCUUGCCCGUGUCCCUUGAUUUUAUCGACGAGGCCCGCCGGUCGCAGGGUUGCGUGCUCGUGCACUGCAACGCCGGCGUUUCGCGGUCCGCCUCAGUGGUCAUCGGCUAUUUAAUGCAUCGCCGGGACAUGAGCUACGAGGAUGCGUACAAUCUGGUUAAAUCUUGGAGGCCAAGCAUUCAGCCCAAUGCGGGAUUCAUGCAGCAGCUAAAGGUCUCCGCUAAAACCUAGGUAGCUUUAGACAUUGCAGUAAGCAGCUUGAUUUGGUGUCCAGCUUUUCUAGCAUCGUAAGCCACACUUGUUGUACAAUACAACGCCCUUAGGCCACGAAACACUUCAGUGUUAAACAUA